AUGAGUGGCUACGUAGGAGAUUUCAGCGUCCCUCAAGGUCUUCAUGACAUGCUUCAGGAGUUUGUAGUUCAAUGUCUGAUCGAGAAACCGGAGGAUCUUGCCGCCUUCGCAGUGGAGCACUUCACCAAACUACGCAACAGCGGUAAACAUGGCAACGUAGGAGAAGGCAUCCAAGCCACGCGACCGGUGGCAGAAGCAAAUGACAACAACAUAGGAGCUCAAAAAUCAACGGCUAUUGUUAACGGCGCUGAAGACAUGGCGGACACAACUUCUGACGAGGAGAUGGUUCCCCCUGUUCGAAUGCCUGUUCGUGGUCGGCGACGAGCCGUGGCUGCUGAAACCUACGAUCCUAGCAAGGAGGAUCAUGACGUCAAGAAAGUCGUACAUCCGAAAACAGAAGAACAGCGAAGUCGGCUCAAACACGCUAUGCAAAACAUAUUGUUAUUCAAAGCAUGCGAGGCUGAACAAAUACAAGACAUCUUGGAUGCGAUGCUCGAGAGAAAAGUUCAAAAAGGGGAUGAAGUCAUCACACAAGGCGACGACGGGGAUAAUUUCUACGUUAUCGAGCUUGGAACGUAUGAUGUGCUUAUAAACAUUGCCGCUGGGGAACGGAAGAAGGUGCAUACGUUUGUCGAUUCGGGGAGCUUCGGUGAGUUAGCACUAAUGUAUAACUGUCCUAGAAACGCUACUAUAAUCGCCCAAUCGGAGGGGAUCUUAUGGGCAUUGGAUCAAGCAGUGUUUAGGCGUAUCGUAGUAGGCGCCGCCGCUCGAAAGAGACGUUCCUACGAAUCCCUACUGGAAGGUGUACCAAUGCUUUCCGAGUUGACGGACUACGAACGUGCGAACUUAGCCGAUGCUCUAGAGAGUACGAGUUUUGAAAACCAUGAAUGCAUAAUCCAGCAAGGAGAUAGCGCAGAUUGCAUGUACUUUGUCGAGGAUGGCUACAUACGGAUCGUGUUAGGAAAAGGUGCUGAAAGCAAGGAGAUCUCAGUGUUGAAAAAGGGCGACUAUUUCGGCGAGAUGGCUUUGGUAAUGAAUCAACCGCGAUCAGCGUCUGUGUACGCUAAAGGUAAAGCAAAGUGUGCAAAGCUUGACGUCGGAGCAUUUGAAAGACUCCUAGGACCGUGUAUGGAAAUUAUGAAGAGGAACAUUGAGAACUACGACUCAACCCGUAAAGCAUUCGGUUUAGAAUAA